AUCUUUUGCCCCGCCAAGGCCACCGUAGCCUACGUCAGCUGUACAAAGUCAUAUCAUCUAUUGAGUUAACAUGGCAUUUACUCUUUACUCCCUCAUUCAAGCAGCAAUUCUGUGCGUGAACGCAGUGGCCGUACUACACGAAGAACGGUUUUUGAGUAAAAUUGGUUGGGGAGCGGACCAGGGCGUUGGAGGAUUUGGUGAUGAGCCAGGCAUCAAAGUUCAGAUGAUGAACCUGAUUCGCUCUGUGCGCACCGUCAUGAGAGUGCCUUUGGUCGCAGUGAAUUCUGUGUGUAUCGUUUUAUUGCUGCUGUUUGGAUGAAGAAAAUGAAUGGACAAAAACGGACCGGACCGGUUGCCUCCAUCUUCACAGUCGCUGUGGAGUAAUGAAUGUGCUUCGAAAAAAGAAAAUAAUAUAUAUAUAUUUAUAUAUAUAUUGUCACAGGUGUUUUUCUACAGUGGUUAAACGGGAGUCUGCUAUUAUGUAGUGACUUUGACCCUUUAAAAUCUCCAGAAAGGUUUGGGACUUGAGCAAUAUAUAACGUGUGACUGUAAAUUAGAUAUAAAAAGGCGUUCUAUUCUUCGUCCAAUGCUCAAUAAUAAAGAAUUGAUGCGAAACCAGU